AUGGCGGACCUCGAUUUCAUCGAUCCUCUCAAAGUAGAGUUGGUGGAGCCCAAAGAGGCUCCGGCGUGGAUGAUCGCUGUUGCGGACUUUGCCGGUUGCAGCACGUGCUGCAUGCUGCUGGACAGCUCCUGGGCUGCCGCUGCGCUGCGCGCAAGCACAGCGCUGGCGCUGGCCAGCGGUGCGCCGAGGGGCGCAGCAUUGCGCGCCAUCCAAAGAAGGCCUUUUUUGGAAGUGGUGGACGCGUCGCGCUGUGCCGCACUUCAUGAGGAUGUCGCCGUACAGGGACUCUCCUCCCUGCUCCGGCGCCUGCCGGGGAAAGCGACGCCGCGCCCCAGGCUCCGACCUGGCGAUCUGCCCCUGCGGUGCUUGCGCCUCUCGGGCGCACGAGGCCUUGGACGCCCGUCCGUGGUGGCUCUGCAAAGGCUGGGCCUGGAACGCUUCGCCUUCCCGGCGGCGCACGCCGAGCGGGGGACCGUCCUCCUGAGCCGGCCCUUGUUUCCCGGCGCGGGCUGUGAGCCAGAGAUGGUCAGGUCCGUCAUCCUCCUGCUCAGCCACACGAAGGGGGGCUCGGUGGGUCUGGCUUUGAACAAGCACUGCAAACUCGACCUGGAGGACCUCGCAUGGACCACUGCGCCCACCUCGACAGACCUCUCGAGCCAUCCGGUGGCCUAUGGAGGCUCCUUCGGCUCCGAUCUCUUCCUCCUCCACGCGCAGCCGUCGGAGGCCGAGCUGGAGGGGGAGGAGCUGAUCCCAGGCGUUUUCGUGAGCUCGGAUGAGAAGGUCUUGGCCCGUGCGAAGGACUUGGUGAGGUGGAAGAGGCUUCGCCCUUCAGAGAUAUGCUUGUUCUUCGGAUGCUGUCGUUGGCAACCAGGCGAACUGGAUGCUGCUUUGCGGGACGGCUUCUUCUCCGCUGUCCACUGCGAUCCUCGAUUCCUGAGCCCGCCUCUGGCGGAGCCUGCAGAUCUUUGGGCAGAGUUGACCAUGCAAACUAUGGCGUAG